AUGCAUCAAUACUAUCUUCUGGCUCUUCUUCCUACAGUUCUUGGCUGCCUUAAUGCCAACUCGAACAAAUGCGCUAGUUUCAUCAAGUCACAGUCAGCGACUGCCUCGGCGUUCUGUGCCACCUUCACCAAGAGUACCGUCACCGCUACCACCGGCCUUCCCGCCUGGGCUACCAACUGCUCAAACAAACCCUCCGUUAUCUCUGCGGAAUGCACUUGCCACUACAGCGGUGCUGGCGGUAGCCAGCCAACGACUACGUUGAGAACCUCGACGACGGCAGGCAACGGCGGCGGUGUUGUCACGCCGCCUGCUGGAGUGACGACGGCUUUGCCUCAGUCGUCUGGUGCUACAGCAACGAACAAGCCCAUCACCGUUUCUGCUGGGCAGACUUACGACGGAGGAAUGAAGAAGUUUGACCGCAGCCCGCGUGUCUGUGCUGAGCAGGACGAGACUGGCGAAGCCGAUUCCAUGUUUGUGCUUGAGAGCGGUGCUACGCUUGCCAAUGUCAUUAUUGGACCUGAUCAAGCAGAAGGUGUACACUGCAGGGGAACAUGUAAAGUAUCAACGUCUGGUGGCAAGAUGUUUGUGAGGAUGCUCUUACCCUGA